CGCUCCCUCUUCCGGCGGCUCUGCGUCCGCGCGUCCGGCCCGCGAGCCUGGCGUUUGGAAUCGUCGCGGCGAAGACUAUGCGGCGCCCGAACAUCCUGCUCACCGGUACACCAGGGGUUGGAAAAACCACACUAGGCAAAGAACUUGCCUCAAGAUCAGGACUGAAGUAUAUUAGUGUGGGUGAUUUAGCUCGAGAAGGGGAGUUAUAUGAUGGCUAUGAUGAAGAGUAUGAUUGUCCCAUUUUAGAUGAAGAUAGAGUAGUCGAUGAAUUAGAAAAUGAGAUGAGAGAUGGUGGUGUUAUUGUUGAUUACCAUGGCUGUGAUUUCUUCCCUGAACGCUGGUUUCAUAUAGUUUUUGUGUUGAGAACAGAUAACAGUGUUUUGUACAAAAGACUUGAAACAAGGGGUUAUAAUGAGAAGAAACUGCAAGACAAUAUUCAGUGUGAGAUUUUUCAAGUUCUUUAUGAAGAAGCCAUAGCAUCCUACAAAGAAGAAAUUGUGCAUCAGCUGCCCAGCAAUAACCCAGAAGAGCUAGAGGAUAAUAUAAAUAAGAUUUUGAAAUGGAUUGAGCAGUGGGUGAAAGAUCAUAACUCUUAACUACUACUGGCAGGCCAUAUUAGUCACUCACGUUAAUAUCUCUCUCACUACUUCAUAGAAAUCACCCAAGUAAUCAGUACAACAAUCUUAUUAAAUCUGUGUUACAGGUCUAGCAGAUGGAUAACAUAAAAACUAUGUCCGGGUUUUUCUCCAUGAGAAAGCUGAACAACCUCAAAAGUAAUGAACAUAAUAUUGGCUUGAUAAUAAAACGUAUUAUUUAAUAUUUA